GACGCUCUGGUAUUGCGAACUUCAACGACUUCGACAAUCCCGCGACGACGCACCCGAUUUCCCCUCACAAGUCUACCACCAACCUAAUCAGUCGCAAUGGCAUCCAAGCGUGGUCGAGGUUCUUCCUCCGGUAACAAGCUCAAGAUGACUCUCGGUCUGCCUGUCGGAGCCGUCAUGAACUGCUGCGACAACUCCGGCGCCCGCAACCUGUACAUCAUCUCCGUCAAGGGUAUCGGUGCGCGUCUUAACCGUCUGCCUGCUGGUGGUGCGGGAGACAUGGUCAUGGCCACCGUCAAGAAGGGAAAGCCUGAGUUGAGGAAGAAGGUCAUGCCCGCUGUCAUCGUCCGCCAGAGCAAGCCAUGGAGGCGGGCGGACGGUGUCUUCCUGUACUUCGAGGACAACGCUGGUGUGAUUGUCAACCCCAAGGGUGAAAUGAAGGGAUCCGCCAUCACUGGCCCCGUCGCAAAGGAGGCCGCCGAGCUAUGGCCGCGUAUCGCCUCCAACUCCGGUGUCGUCAUGUGAGGUGUCUCUUUUCCUGCUCUUCGACUUUUAUGGGUUCACGGGAACGGCGAAAAUGCAUUUACGGGGUGAAGGAAACGGAAGCAGACAUUGCACACAUUAGCAAUGGCACGAUCUUCACAACACCAGUCAAAUGAACAUUACGAACAGCCACCAC